AUGGUGUCUGUGGGGAAGGAUGCCACCUUGAGCUGCCAGAUCAUUGGAAAUCCCAUCCCAGUUGUGAGCUGGGAAAAGGAUAAACUUCCAAUCCAGUCUGGAGGAAGGUUUAAAACCACAGAAGAUGGAGAUCUCUAUAGGCUAACAAUCUAUGAUCUGAGCCUGGAGGACAGUGGCCAAUACAUCUGCCGGGCCAAGAACACCAUCGGGGAAGCUUUUGCAGCUGUCAGCAUCAAAGUUGGAGAGGAAACCACAGUAACAGAGUCAGCCCCAUACUUCAUCCAGAAACCCUCCUCCAUCAAAGUAACAUUGGGAGAAGAUGCCAUGUUCAAAUGCAAAGUCCAGGGCAGCCCUCCCCUCUCAGUGAACUGGGAGAAGGAUGGGAGACACCUGCGGAACCGGGCUGAUGCCGGCCGCUUCCAGAUCGAGUCUGCCGGGGAGUCAAAUGCUCUCACCAUCCAGUGUGCCCGGCUGGGGGACAGCGGCACCUACACCUGCCGGGCAGAGAAUCCCAUCGGCUCUGCCAGCGCUUCAGCUGCGCUGGUGGUGGAAAUGCAGGGCUCUUCCAACCCAGGCAGCAGCAGCCACUUUGAUACCAGCUGUGGCAAGACGGCAUCCUUGUUGUCUCAUUUGCAAAAGAGGCGGGAGGAGAUCAGGAAGAUGGACAUCUCUCAUGGGGCUCUUGAUGCAACGUCUGCCCAGUCUUACUCCAUGGCAGAAGGGUUGUCUGGCAUCAGCUACAGCCUCUCCCGGGAUUACGAGAGAGCGGCUGGACUUACCACCAAAGGGGCCCGCAACGCAACUUUUGGGGCAUUGACCCGCACGUGCAGCGUGACGGAGGGGAAGCACGCCAAGCUGAGCUGCUACGUGACUGGCGAGCCCAAGCCAGAGAUUGUGUGGAAGAAGGACAACGAGGUCAUUUUGGAAGGACGGCGGCAUGUCAUCUACGAGGAUGAUCAAGAGAACUUUGUGCUGAAGAUCCUCUUCUGCAAGCAGAUAGACAAUGGGCUGUACACCUGCACGGCCUCCAACCUGGCAGGCCAGACAUACAGCUCCGUGCUUGUCACCGUCAAAGAACCCUCAAUACCCUUCAAGGCAAAACUGAAGGAUCUUGAAGUGAGGGAGAAGGAAUCUGCCACCUUCCAAUGUGAAGUGCCUGUUCCUAGUACAGAGACAGCUUGGUUCAAGGAGGAAACCAAACUCCGGCAGAGCAAGAAAUACAACAUCGAAGAAGAGGGCACGUAUCGCCGACUCACUGUCCAGAAUGUCACUACAGAUGAUGAUGCUGUCUAUAUCUGUGAGAUGAAAGAAGGGAGCAGGACCAUCGCAGAGUUGUCUGUCCAAGGGAACAUCAUCAAAAAGCUUCCACGAAAGACUGCGGUCUUCACAAACGAUACAGCCAUCUUCUGUGUGGAGCUGGACAAUGAAUGCCAGAACAUCCAAUGGCUGAAAAAUAAAGAAGUAAUGAAACCCAGUGAUCGAAUCUCCAUCACAUGCUCCGGCAAGCAACACACCAUGAUCAUCCGAGAGUGUAAGAUGGAAGACGCUGGUGAGAUUGCCUUCCUGGCUGAUGAAAGCAGGACUUCUACCCAGUUCACUGUGACCACUCCCAAAAAACCUCCCACCCAGCCCCCAACUGACCCUGUGGUGAAAAAUAAAACAGAAACCUCAGUGACGCUAGCAUGGUCCCCUCCGAAGAUGGACCGCCCCAUUCCAAUCAAUGGCUACCUUGUGGAACGCAAGAAACUAACUGGCUUUACCUGGGUGAGGUGCCAUGAGUCUCAUGUCCCUGUCCCAGAGUUCACAGUGAGCAACCUGUCAGAAGAGGCUGACUAUCAGUUCAGAGUGUCUGCGGUCAACGCCUAUGGACAGAGCCCCUACCUGGAGUUCCCAGGGAGCAUACACCUCGAACCAGUCCCGGCUGUGAAAACCCCCCUGACAACUGUUGAAGCUGUACCUGGAGGGGAUGCCCUGUUUACUGUUGACCUUACGACGACAUGUUCCGGCACGUGGUAUCUUAAUGGUAAAGUCUUACAGGAAAGUGAGACCUAUAUCAUUAAGAGAACUCAAACUACUCACACCCUAAUCAUAAAGAAAGUCACCAAGAACGAUGAUGGAGCAGAAGUGAAAUUUGUUGCCAAUAAUGUUGACACCAGCGCCAAGUUGAGAGUGAAAGGUGCUGCAGUGAGAUUUAUCAACAGGAGCAGAGAUAUAGAAAAGGUCUCUGUUCGGCUGUGGGAGGAAGCCAAACUUCAGGCUGAGCUUUCAGACACGGAGGCUACUGUGAAGUGGAUGAAAGAUGGGAAAGAACUCAAAGCCAGUGAAAAAUACGAACUUCAAACUGUGGGGAAUAGGCACAUCCUGAAAAUUCACAACACUGCAGCAGAGGAUGCUGGACUUUAUGAGUGCAUUUGUGAAGGGGAUAAAAUGCUCUAUCAACUUUCAGUGAAAGCACUUGCAUACUUCAUAAACAAAGAGAAAACUGGAGGAGUUAUCAAGGCUGUCUUUGGAAAACAGGCUGAAUUAGUUUCUGAGACCUCUGAGGCCAACAUCAUGGUUAAGUGGUACAAAGAUGGCAAAGAAAUCACAGCCAGCAAGAAAUUCACCAUGGAAGAUAAAGGAAAACUGCAUAAGCUUGUGGUUCAAGCUGCGACAAAAGAAGAUGAAGGAACAUACACAUGCAAAAUUGGCGAUGACACUCUUAUUUUUGAUUUAAAAGUCUCAGAUGAAGCUGUUAAUUUUGUCAACAAGCCCAAGACAACUCCAGAAAUAUCACUCAGUCCUUCUGAAACCCUUGAGCUGGUGUGUGAAGUGUCAGCUCCAAGUGGAGCUGUGGUAUGGAAGAAGGAUCAAACUGAGGUGAAGCAGGACCAGAGGACAACAGUCAUCUCCCAGGGGACACAGCGCAAACUCAUCAUCAAGAAGGUGACACAGCAAGACCAAGGGAGCUAUACCUGUGAAACGAAGGAUGACAGAACAACAUUCCAAGUCAAAGUCAGAGAGCCAGAAGACGUGUUUACAAACAAGGACAAGGUACAGAAGGAGGUGAAGGCUAUACUGACACAGAAUGCCACAUUGAGCUGUGAGGUGGCCCAGGAGAAGACCGAUGUGAAAUG